AUGAAGGGAUUAAUUUUAGUCGGUGGUUACGGUACCCGUUUGAGACCUUUGACUUUGACUUUACCAAAGCCAUUGGUUGAAUUUGGUAACAGACCAAUGAUUUUGCAUCAAAUCGAAGCAUUAGCUAAGGCCGGUGUUACUGAUAUUGUCUUGGCUGUUAACUACAGACCAGAAGUUAUGGUCUCUACCUUAAAGAAAUACGAAGCUGAAUACGGUGUUACCAUCACUUUCUCCGUUGAAGAAGAACCAUUAGGUACUGCAGGUCCAUUAAAGUUGGCUGAAAAGGUUUUAAAGAAGGAUGACACUCCUAUCUUUGUUUUGAACUCUGAUGUCAUCUGUGACUACCCAUUCCAAGAAUUAGCAGACUUCCACAAGACUAGCGGUGGUAAAGCUACUAUUGUCGCAACAAAGGUUGACGAACCAUCCAAGUAUGGUGUUAUUGUCCAUGAUAGAGAUACUCCAAACUUGAUCGACCGUUUCGUCGAAAAGCCAGUUGAGUUUGUUGGUAACAGAAUCAAUGCUGGUUUAUAUAUCUUGAACCCAUCUGUCAUUGAUUUGAUUGAAAUGAAGCCUACUUCUAUUGAAAAGGAAACUUUCCCUAUCUUAGUUGAAAACAAGGAAUUAUACUCCUUUGACUUGGAAGGAUACUGGAUGGAUGUUGGUCAACCAAAGGAUUUCUUGAGCGGUACUGUUUUGUACUUAACUGCCUUAUCUAAGAAGGAACCAAAGAAGUUAUGUAACGAAAAAUUCAUUCACGGUGGUAAUGUGUUGGUUGAUCCAUCUGCAAAGAUCCAUCCAUCUGCUUUAAUCGGUCCUAACGUUGUCAUUGGUCCAAAUGUUGUUGUUGGUGAAGGUGCCAGAAUCCAAAGAUCUGUCUUGUUAUCUAACUCUGAAGUUAAGGACCACGCCUGGGUUAAGUCUACCAUUGUUGGUUGGAACUCCAGAAUUGGUAAGUGGGCAAGAACUGAUGGUAUUACUGUUUUAGGUGAUGAUGUUGAAAUUAAGAAUGAAGUCUAUGUUAACGGUGCAAAGGUCUUACCACAUAAAUCUAUUUCCUCUAACGUCGAACAUGAAGCUAUUAUUAUGUGA